AUGGUCCGUACACCAAAGCGACUUGCGUCUUUGUGUCUUCAUGUUGUGGCUGGUAAGGCCGACGAAUGGCUUAGAAGUUCGCUAAAGCAAACACAAGAUGCGGGAAGAUUUCUCUAUUCCAUCGGAGGACCAUUCGAUACUCUUAGUGCUGAUAAUUUUAGUGAUCUGAUCGAGUUGUUGGGCAAGACUGGGCAGCUGAAGGGUCAAAUGUGGCCGUGGCUGAUACAUCACUCUUUAGUGAGAUUGGACUUGAGAGUUUGUCGUGCUCUUGUCAACAAUGCUGUGAUUGAUCUGGUGGCGAUGAGAUGCAAGGCUCUUAAACAACUGAACAUCAGUGGCUGUAGCGUGUCGAGCAGCAAAGUUUCCGACUUACUGACAGCUCUGCCAUCCAUCAAAGAGAUCGACAUCUCGUCCUGUCCAAACAUCAACGACUCACUGACACUUCACAUCAUGAAGGCAUCCUGUCAACUAGAACGUAUCUCGAUCAACAACUGCAGCAAACUUACAGACAACGGGAUUCGUGUGUUAUUCGAGUCGCCAGCAUGCAACACUCUCACUCACAUCAAUGCAUCAAAUACUGCCAUAUCAGAUGCCACAAUUGCUUCCAUUCUUGACCGUUGCUCAUCUCUACGAUCAUUGAUUGUGAGUUUCUGCAGCGAAAUUGCCAAUCCAUUUGAAUCUGUGCCGUCAUCUCGUCGGCUGGCUAUUAUCGAGCUCGAUAUGUCUGUCACAUGUGUGUCCAAUUUCACCAUUCAUACUGUGUGUCAUCUGUGUCCACGUCUCAAUCAACUGAAUGUGUCCGGUCCUAUUGAUCCCAACAUGCUAACUGACGAGGUCGUCACAUCACUUCAAUCUGUUUCUUGCCUCUCUCAGCUCGGUCUCGCUCACUGUUCGUCGAUCCAUUUUCCUUCACUUGCCACGAUGUUUCGAAAUGGAAAUCUCAACAUGCUAGUCUUUCUCGAUCUCUCAGCUCAUAUCAAUGUAGACUGCGCACUGAUCAUCAGAUCCUGUCCGGUACUCCAAGCUCUAGUGCUCGACGAAUGUCGUAAUGUCAUCUGUUGUUCUGAUGGUAGUCGUUCUGCUCUCAUGCCUCACAAGUGUCUUCAUCACUUGAGCCUCAAGUCGGCUUUCUUCUCAACUAAUGUCGAUGUGCGUGGAACUCGACAGUUGUCCACACUGUUGUAUGCGGUUCCGAACGUUCGAAGACUUUAUCUCGAUUGUAUGGUCGACGUGUGUGAUGAUGUGGUGGUCGAGAUGGUCGCCAGUGGAAAGAGCCUAUUGUAUCUUGAAGUGUUGAGUUUGUCGGGCUGUGGAGGUGUGUCCAAUGUGUCAUUGGACGGGAUUGGUGAUGAACUGUGCUUUCUCGAAUUUCUCGAUGUGAGUCAUUGUGUGGAAUUGAGUCGGCUGGAUAUGAACGAGUUUCGAGAAAAGAUGAAGAAGCAGGGUCGUGCUGUCGAGGUGAAGUGGCGUUGAGUUGUCUCUUCAAGUGUCUGUUUUCAUGUCAGGGAUGUGUGGACAUCGGUUUUGAAUUGUUUCACGAAAUUGUUGCAUUUUAGUGCAUUGAAUUUUCAUGUUUGUUGAUAUCAAUUUUUUAUUGUCAUAAUAGGAUAACA